AUGGCGGCAUGGCUUACAGUUGUGCUCUCCCUUCUGCACUUCUGCAACGCCGCCUUUGAUUUGGCGAUGGGAGACGAUGGAGAUCUCGAGAGUUUCGUGACGCGCCCCGAACUCAAGGCACCAAAGUUCCGGGUCACCAUGUACGAACCGGACGAAGUGGAUCGAGGAUACUGGUUCGUAGGCCCGUACGGCGACAUCUAUCAGAAGGACCAUGCCGCAAAGUACUACCAAGCCUGCCAAACCGGACCGCAUAUCUUCGACGGCGACGGCAAUCUGGUCUGGAGCGGUGCGUGUCAAUUCCGGAAUCAGAACACCUGCGACUUCCGAGCGUAUGAGGCGCCGAAUGGCACCUCCUAUCUCUCCGCCAUUGUCAAUUUCAACGUUCAUACCAACGAUCCAGUUGGCCGCGGGGUCAUUAUGAACAGUUCUUACAACUUCCAACAAACCAUUGAAGCUCCUCCGACGGUUGAUAUUUUCAACAUGCAUGAAUUGAAGCUAAUCGACGACGGAAAGGCCGCGCUGUACAUCACCGUCUUGUCGGAGCGUGCUGACCUUACGAACCUCAGCAGCCAGCAUCGAGCAGGAUGGAUUCAAAACCCUGGGUUUGAGGAGCUAGAUCUCGAGACGGGUGAGGUGACUUUCCGAUGGCAUGCGUACCCUCAUGUGUCUCUCGAAGAAUCGACACUUCCCCUGGCGGACGACAUCAAGGAGAACACGUGGAAUUGGUUCCACCCGAAUUCUGUCGACAAGAAUGCAGAUGGCGAUUACCUGAUCUCAGGCCGAUACGUCGAUGCAAUCUACAAAGUAUCUGGCCGCGAUGGCUCCGUGUUAUGGCGGUUGGGAGGCAAGCGCUCCGACUUUGCCCUGCAAGGCUUCAACUUCUCGCGGCAGCACGAUGCUCAAUGGAUCGACUUCAACGACGACUACGAGACCAUCUCCUUCCUCGACAACGGCGGAGACGAGGUUGUCAGAACGUCAAAUUACACUUCCGCCCUCUUUGUCCGACUAGACAAGAAGAAUAUGUCAGCUCACGUCACGAAGCGCAUCGUCCGUCCAGGCGAACGGUUUUCCGGAGCCCGAGGCAAUCUGCAAAGAUUACCCAGCGGUCAUGUAUUCGGAGGAUGGAGUGAGAACUGCCACAUUUCCGAGCACGCCACCGACGGUCGACUCCUGAUGGAGGCCGAGUUUGCGAGUAAACGAUUCGUAACCUACCGCGCCUACAAAUUCAACUUCACCGGGCAACCUCAGGAACCGCCGGCGAUGAAAGCAUUUGCUUACGGUCUCGACGAAGAGUCCGCCGUCACAGUCUACUACGUUAGCUGGAAUGGCGCGACCGAGGUGUCGUCCUGGAAUUUCUACCGCGAAGGAAGCGGAGACGCAGUUUUGAUUGGUAGUGCGGCUCGUACUGGGUUUGAGACGAGAUUGCAAGCUCGGGGCUACGUUGAUGGGAAGGUAUUUGUUGAGGCUCUCGACGUUCAUGGAUUGGUUCUUGGUCGAUCGUUGUCGACGGACAUUACUUCUUACAUCGAUCAGGCUGUGCAGAAACCUCGGGUCGGAGCGAGCGUUGCGAAAGGCGCUGAGAAGACUGAGCUGUAG